AUGAGUAGUUACGCUCUUUCAGCCACACCAACCCAGGACCACCAUAACCUCCACCACGUCGCAAGUGGAAUCAAUAACAGCAGCAGCACCAGCAUUCACCAGCACAACGGUUUCUACUACCCAUUUCCCUCCAACUUUGACAAGUUCCAGCAGGCCUACCAGAAUGCCAACCUGCUGAAUUACGGCAGCAAGCCCAACUUCAGCGUCAGUCAUAUUUUAGACUUGAAACGAGGCGGAUCCAACUUCAACGACGAAGACGAGGAGGACGACGAAGAAGAAGACAGCGACGAUAACGUUGAUAACAAAGGUUUGCCUAAUCUAGCUAGCAGUAACGGUAAUUCAACCCAGCCCAGUAGCCAUAACGCCAUGUUCUCUAGCGGUGCAGAUGUUGGAAGUCCCAUCCAGCACAGACAGAGCCUGUCCCACAAUCUCCUGCACCUACACCACAGCCAUAACAACAACAGCAGCAGCAACAGCAGUUUUCAAUGCCAGGGCUCCCAGUCGCCCAGAGAGCACUCGAGACUGGCCGAUAGAACUCCACCAAGUCCUCGGUGUGGAAGAUCAUCUGAGGAAACACCGCCAAUGCUAAUUAACUCUGGAAAACUGAUGAUUGGAGUGAAUGCCCUUGAUUCUGGACACCAUGAUGAUAACAAUAAUG